UAUUGAGGCGUCCGUUGUCAUGGUUACGGUUAGAAAACAUAGGCUACUUGAAGCUGAAGAGAAGCGCUAGCUUGGUUAGCACUGCUAACUGACGCUACAUUAGUUGUCCGAGACUAUUGCUUUAACGGUAGUUAGACCAAAUGAGCCGCGGGGAGUCACCGGAGAAUGAGUUAAGACCUCAUCCAGAGAACAAGAAGCUAAAAACAUCAGAGGAGUUGUACAUCUCGGGUGAUGACCAGUCCAAGAACUCUACUCUUAAAGGCGGGGGUACCCAGGCUCUGGUCAUUCACCCACAGGAAUUCAAUAAACUUCAUGUACCAAAGCCACCCAAGGGCUGUCAAAAACCAGUGUUAAUGGCUUGUGUGCACAAGACACAGCCAGCUGAUGAAGUUAGAAAUACUGUGCAAGGGGCAGUGGCUAGUCCAGUGAAUCUGGACCCAGACUUUCAACCUCUGGACUACACAGGGUCGGAAGGGCUUCGGUUUGAUGACCAAGGGAUGGUUCUUCCACACAGCAUCCUGGGUAGUUUAGAGGAUUUCAGAAGUUAUCUGGAGGCCAAAGGGGAAACAGAGUUGGUGAAGCGAAUACCAAAGUCUCACAGAGAUCCUCCCUCUGAGGCCCCAGAGAGGCAUCACUCUGAGGCUGUGGAGAAUAGGUGCGGGAUCCCUUCAGGCCACAGAAACAUCCAGAGUAAUGCCCUGCAGCAUUGGCAUACACAUAUGACGCAGCGCAGACGGCAGCAGGGCUUCUUAUCUGACUUGCUUGGCAGGCCAGUCGAAAACUUACUGAUGAACCAAGCUAACCGUUUCAGAGAAACUCAGGAGCAGAGGGAGUUUCUAAACCAAGUCAUGCCACUCAUCCACUCUGGCUAUGGUUACCGUGUGGGCAGUGAGUUUUGGAGUCUCCCCCAGCGUUACGGAGAUGAAAUGAGUGGCAUCACAGCCACUCUGACUCAGACAGAGCAGGGCAAACGGGAACCUGUCACACAUGUAGUGCAACCGAGGAGCAUACGCCAGGAAUCAGGAAUAAUUUGUGCUGAGAUUCUGCGUCCAGCCUCUCGGACUUGGGACCAGAGUGCAUACCUGCAGCACAAGUACCAGCAGCUCGGCGAGGUUCUACGGGACGUGGACAUCAAAAACCCGGACAUCAAUGGACUGGAGGUGAUUGGCUCUGGCAAGCCAUUCACUUUUGUCACAGUGUGUCGUAGUCCCUUAAUGGUGAAGGAGGAAGAGGAAAAGGAGCACAAGAAGACGAAGGAGAACCUUGAUCCACUGGCACAGUAUGAUGAUGUACGGUCAGAUGCUCUGCUCAUUCCUGCCUUGAGGUUCUGUGGUCAGCUUGCUAGCUGGACUGGAAACUCUACCGCUAACCAGGGAGAAGUAGGAAUCAGUGCCACAAUAAUCUUUGAGGCCCUGACUGGAGAAAGAGCCUCAUCCCACCUGGAGCUGCACAAUGAGGGCAGCACAGCCAUCUUCUACAGCUGGCAGCAACUUCCCGUACCACACAGCUUUCCUAACCUGCAAACACAAACACAGAGUCCGCACUUCUACUUCAACUCCUCCUCUGGUGUGAUCCUUCCAGGUGACACCCAGCGGAUGGAGUUCAUAUUUAAGUCCGAGGAGCCAGGCAUCAAAACUGAACUGUGGCAGCUCAACACCCACCCUGUGCUGCUGCGAGGAGCCUCCAUGCAGGUCACAUUGAGGGGAGUAGCUCUGUUCCAGGACAAAACUGCAGACCAGAGGCUUUUCAUAGAGACAAAGCUGGAAAAGAUAGUGUUGGUAAAACUGUGUCGGUCGAUUGUGUAUAAGGUGCUGCAGGGGGUCCGCACCCCAGAGAGACCCAGCUCUCCUGCAGAACUCUACAUCACUGAGGAGCAGGAGUUUUUAAGAAAAAACCCCAAGUUGCAGUACCUUCACCAUCCAGUGGGGGACCUAAAGAGACUGUGGCAAGAAGUGAAUCCAGGACGCACCUGGGACCUCUCUGUUGAUACACUCCGACAGGUUGUGCUGUCUCUGCCCGAGCAAGAGUCAGCUCAGGAAAAGAGCCUGGCCCAGCUCAACUCUCUGCUUCUGCAGCUUUCUGAACCCUCCGAGCAGAAACACCACCAUCUAACAGCAACAGCUGUAGGGCAGCAGCUGUGGAGGGAACUGCUGGACAUGAUGGCUGUUGAAGCCAUGAGGCUCAGAAACCUGCUGGGCCUUCCAGAGAGAGACAAAUGGAUCGAUAAAAAGGUGGAAUCCACAAUCGCUGUUGCUGAUGUGGCCGAUAACAAAGAUGAGAAGAGUGAGAAAAAGGGAGGAGCAGCCGCCAAAGAGGAGAGGAGUGGAGCAAGGUCCAGAUUGAAAGAUGACAACAAAGGAGAGUCCAAGUCAGGAACAACUGAAAAAUCAGUGGAGGACAGCAAAAAGAAGGGGAAGAGAAGGGAUGAAGUGGGGAAACGUAUUAGGGAAAAGCAGGUGAAGGAAUCGGCCUCGCUGACUGACACCCGUCCAGAGAUCAUCAGUCAACAACCUUCUGAUAAUCAAAAUGUAGAGCCAAAGGUGAUAAACAUUUACACAAGGCUCCUGCACAAAAAGGUUUAUGCUCUGAUGGAAGACCUGGUGGACAGCCUGUGUGACGUGAUGGAUGAGCUUAAGGAGGGAGAUGAACAGGACACACACACUAUUAACACAUGAGAGGCAGACACAGGAGCCCACUGAAUAUAUACACGUCUGAAUGCAAUAAAAACUUGUCAUAUAGAGUUAUCAAAUCUAUGUUUUUAUACCUAAUGCUGUUGUGAAAUCAAUAAACCUUGUGUUCUUCUGGCACACUG